AGCGAAACUUACAGUGCUCAAGACAAGGGAAGGGCAACUUAUUUGACAGCCAUGUGAUUGGGUGGGACAGAAAAAAUGUCAUUUAUUUCACAGCUCUCACUCUUCAUUUAAACACAGUGAUACAGUGUUGCUUAUUUUUUGAGAACCAGCUACUUCUCACCAUUCUUAGUUUGCUGCCAUGACAUCAAAAGAGGAUGCUGCUGAGUUUGUGGAUAGACACAGGGCUGAGCUCAUCCAGAGGGUCCGCAUGGUGAUGCCCAUAGCAGAUGAUCUGCUCAGAAGGGGCAUGAUCAAAUAUGAAAUGUUUGCUAAUAUUACAACUUCCAAGACCAACCAAGGCAAGAUGAGAGAGGUGUACAAAGCAUUGCAGUCAGGAGGGACACCACUUAAAGCAGCCUUCUACAGGAUUCUGCUGAAAAAUGAACGUGUUCUGGUCAUCAAUCUGGCUGCUGAGUUUGUGGAUAGACACAGGGCUGAGCUCAUCCAGAGGGUCUGCAUGGUGAUGCCCAUAGCAGAUGAUCUGCUCAGAAGGGGCAUGAUCUAUCCUGAGGUGUACUCUAAUAUUCAAACUGCCAAUACCAGCCAGGACCAGAUGAGAGAGUUGUACAAAGCCGUACAGUCAGGAGGGCCAGAAGUUAAAUCAGCCUUCUACAGGAUUCUGCUGAAACAGGAACCUCAUCUGGUCAUCAAUCUGGAGGACGCUGUUGGAGAUGGAGAAGAUGGUUUGAACAUUGGAGAAUCUUCUUCAGGGAGCAUUGCAUUGGAAGGUCCUGCAUUACCUCCUGCCUCCAAUAUAUUGCCUGGGACUGGAAGAAAACCUGCUGCACUUGCAUCAGAUGAGGAAUCGGUUGGAAAGAUCACAUACUACACCAAUAACCAUCUUGGAAAAGGUGCCGAUGGAAUUGUGUUCAGGGGUUACUUCCUUUGUGAUGAUGCCAACAAGCGGCCUGCGGCAGUGAAGAGAAUUGAACUAGCAAAACAAAGCAGUGCUGAUCGAGAGGUUGCUUUGCUUCUUCAAUUGGACGACAAUCCCCAUGUCGUCCGGUACUUCUGCACUGAGAAGGACAGGCAAUUCCUAUACAUUGCCAUCGAGCUGUGUGCCGCCUCUUUAGAUAAGUGUUUUACUAAAGAAAAACCUUUUGACCUUCGUGGACUGAAACCAGUGAUGCUGCUGCAGCAGACCAUGAUAGGACUGGAACACCUGCACUCUCACAACAUAGUCCACCGUGAUGUGAAGCCCCACAACAUCCUGUUGAAAGACCACUCUGACUCAGUCACGGUCAAGAUCUCAGACUUUGGGAUGAGUAAGCAGUUGGCGGACGGCAGACAAAGCUACAGCAUGAGGUCGGGAGCCCUUGGCACCAUGGGCUGGAAUGCCCCAGAGGUCCUGGAUGACAGCAGGAAAGUAAACCCUACCAGUGCUGUGGACAUCUUCUCUGCCGGCUGUGUGUUUUACUAUGUGUUGACAGGAGGAGAACAUCCAUUUGGAAAACCCAAUAGGCGGGCUGGUAACAUCGAGGAUGGCAAAUACAACCUUGACAGAUUACAGAAAGACAAACAUGAGGACAUUGUGGCCACAGACCUGAUAGAACAGAUGCUGAGCAUGGAGCCCCAGAGGAGGCCUUCUGCUGAGAGUGUGCUCAAACACCCCUUCUUCUGGAGCCUGAAGAAACAGCUGCAGUUCUUCCAGGACGUGAGUGACAGAAUUGUAAUGGAGACAUCGGAUGGUCCAAUCAUACAGCAGCUGGAGUCAAGGGGACAGGAAGUGGUGAAGAAUAACUGGAUGGAACAAAUCACAGCAGUUCUGCGGAAAGAUCUAGAAAUACGUAAAGGAGCAUAUGAAGAGGGCUCUGUUAAAAGUCUUCUACGUGCCAUAAGAAACAAGAAACACCAUUACCACGAUUCCCCUAAGGAGGUCCAGGAGACUCUGGGCUCCAUCCCUGAUGACUUUGUCUCCUACUUCACCUCCCGCUUCCCCCACCUGCUGCUGCACACCUACCUCGCCAUGCGUUCCUUUGCUGAGGAGCGGACUUUCCAAGAUUACUACCUCGAGUUCAACACGAGACUUAGACGGCAGAAGAGAACACACCCAGAGCCUGACGUGACGACAACCAAGCCAACAACUAAAAAAAUGUGACCAUAGUGUGACGUCAGGCGCUCCGCUGAGAAGUACUCCAUCCCACACCAGCAAACCUCCAAUCUAUGUCAGUACACUGCAUUGUCAAGGUUCUUUUUACUGUUUACAUGAACAAUAUUGGUUUGUCUGAAGAAGAAGCAAUCACUUUCAAUUGUAUGCAGAUAACUUUGUUGUGUAUGCUAUUUCCCCAAUGGCUGAUCAGGUUCUGUCAGAGCUUUAAUCUGCCUUUAUUGCCUUGCAGAAAGCCUUUAUUAACUGAAAUUGGUUCUUAAUGCAGGUUAAACCAAGUAUAUAAUAUAUUCCAAAUCACAUAAAAAUGUAUCUGAUGAUUUAUGCAUAAGUACAUUGGAUGGUGCCCUCAUUGAUUAUGUGCCCAACUAAUAAAUAUCUAGGCAUCUGGAUUGAUGAUAGGCUGUCCUUAAAAAAUAACGUUGAUGAGUUCGUUAAAGGUGCAAUAUGCAGAAAUCACUAUGCCAUUUCCUGGUUUCUAAAAUUGCAAUAGUUUGCCUAAUUUCAGUUUAUGUAACAAAACAAGUAAUAUACUGUAUAGUGUAGAGAAUCAUUGUACCAUCUAAACUGUGGUGAAAUAUCUUUUCAAUAGCAAGAAUAUUGUAUCUCCAGGUGUUUGAAGCUGGUGUACAAAACUGAAAGUAAAAGACACAAAAACAAAACUAAAGAACGGGAAACAUAGAAAUAGUUCACAUAGAACAUCUAAAGCUUGUGAGACUUGCUUUCAAUGGGAAUGACAGAUCGAUAACUCACAUUUCUAUGUGAAUUUGAUCAGGUCAUCCAAAAAGUUACAUAUUGCAGCUUUAAAACGUGAAGGUAGUCAGAAAUGUGUAUGAUUACCUUGUAUUCUUUGUUUAUUGAAGAGGGUUAUGUUCAUUUCCUGGUCUGAGAAUUGAUGGGCAAGCAGUGGUGCGUUCGAGUACGUAGUUAUUGAAUGGGACGGGUAAUGCGGUAGUAGCCUAUCCCGGGGGGUGUACAUGUUUAUAUCCCAGGUUGUAUUGAUGCUUAAAGCAGGUGAAGCCCCUUUAUUGAUAUGUGUGCAUGUAUACUGUAUAUUCAAGUAUGUUUAUGAUCUGAAAACAUUUAUAUUAUAAUUCAUGUCUUUUGAAUGUUGAUUGAUCAGUGUGUGAAAUGCCUUGUUUUUAUUGGUUCAAUGCAUUAUGGGUAGGGGUAUAAGAACCCUGUAUACUCAUGGUUUUAGAGACAGACAGGGUAAGGUCUAUUUAUUUGAUUGUGUAAAUAAUUGUACAGUUUGCCGGCUCUUUAUCCUCACUUUGCAAAUAAAAGCCUCACUCUGGGCAGGAA